AUGGGUGAAGUGGUGGUGAAUGCUUCGAUGCAGAGUGAUAAUGGCAAAUGGGAGAAUUUUCUUCCUCCGACUAUGCUUAAGGUUUUACUCGUUGAGCCUGAUGAUUCUACUCGCCACAUUAUUUCAGCACUUCUUCGUAAAUGCGGUUACAAAGUUGCUGCGGUUCGAGAUGGCUUAAGGGCAUGGGAAACAUUGAAGAACAAAUCAUGUGGUAUAGAUAUUGUAUUAACAGAAGUGGAUGUGCCAUCAAUUUCUGGUUUUUCAUUACUUACUUCAAUCAUGGAGCAUGAUGAUUGCAAAAAAAUUCAUGUCAUAAUGAUGUCUUCUCACGAUUCAGUUAGCACGGUGUUCAAAUGUAUGCAAAACGGGGCCGUUGAUUUUCUCAUUAAACCUGUUCGCAGGAAUGAGCUAAGGAACUUGUGGCAGCAUGUGUGGAGAAGACAUACUAUUAGCAUGUCUCCUCAAAAUAUAACAUUGGCACAUGAUAAACUUGAUGUUGCUGAAGAAAACAAUACCGCAAGCAAUAAUUCUAGCGGUUCUGUGGCUUCCACACAGAAAAUUAUCGAAUGCAGUGGAAAAAACAGCAAGGCUCAAGCUCAAGAUAUGUCCCAGCUGAAGAGUUCUUCGAGUUUGAGCAAUACGGACCAGGUGAAGCACGAAAAUUCUACCAAAUAUGAAUGGGAGUCUACUGAGUAUAACGACGAAACUGGAGAGAACUCAACAUUGACAGCACCUAAAGCUGCAGGGUGUCACAAAAUUUCCACAGGUUUAAGGCUAGGUCAAUGCUAUGAAUAUAAUGAUACAGAAAACCAAGCUGAAGAGUUAAGAACAGAGUUAGGCAAAGCCAAUCCUCAUGUUAAUACAAAGAUUCAUCGACGGAAUGAUGACCUAGAAGAACAUUCUGCUGGAGCUAUUGACUUGAUGGCUACUUUUGAGAAUCUUCCAAAGAGCAGUUAUGCAGAUUGUAGUUUCAAUGGUGGUAACACAGCAAAGUUUGAAGAUGAUACACAAUUGGAACUUUCAUUACAAAGAGAUUAUCCUGGCAGCUCACCUAAACCUACCACUGAGGAAGGGCAAAUAUUGAAUCAUUCAAAUGCUUCUUCAUUUUCUCGGUGUAGCAACAGUAUGUUAUUGCAACCUUUUUUUCCAACAAAUAAUUCGUAUGAAUCACAGAAAUUAUCUGAAAAUACAAAUACUACUUAUCAGUGUGAUGGAAAAAACCAAAAAGAGGAUAGUAACACCUAUCUGGUGAUUGGUCAGUCUGUACAAGUUGAUGCAAAAUUUCGGAACAGUCAACAUGAAUUCUUUCCAGCCACCACCGGGGACACUUCUGAUAACAAGUCUAUGGAACAUGAUGAUGUUUUUCAUUCUAUAAGCAACGCACAGUCAGGCAUGAAUCCCACAUGGACACCUAAAUCAAUGUUCCAAAAAGAAAGUUCUCCAUUUCCCACAAGUAUUUCCUCCCAUUCCAAUCCUAAAAGUCAGAACUCAGAAGCUCGUCAAUGGUCGGAUGACACCACAUAUACUUGUGAUCUAUACAAAAAUGAUCAAAGCAAUAUUGAUUGUGCUAUGGACGACUCUCCAUCUAACGGUCAAGGUUGUGGUACUAGCUUUUACCACGAUGCCGAAAAUCGCAACACUAGUGGUGUAUGUGAAAGGCACUGGCAGCGGGAGUGA